AUGGCCAACCUCGACCCCGGAUUGGGAGAAAUGGCUGCUGAGGAUGGAGCACUUCUUCGGCCAGCAAUGGAAGGAUCAGGGCAUCUACCACUUGAUCAAGCUGUUCGACCGGCCGCUCGUCAUAGAUCGGUCGCUCUUAGCCGCGGCCCUAUGCUUCUGGUCGUUGGCCACAAAUACUAUGAACCUUCGGUUUGGCAUGAUGACGUCGACCGUUCUAGACAUGGCCGCCUUAUUCGGCCUCUCUCCCCUCGGUGUGGAAGUAAAUGCUGCUCUAGUGGCCCCUGA